AUGAAGUGUGGGUUGGUCGGAUCGGAUGCACCGCCCAACACCCCCAAAUACCCGCCAUAUCCAACUUACUUCCACACGUACACCUCCCUCCCACACGCUUAUAUCUUGGCUUCUUCUUUCGUCUCCCCUCUCCUCUCCCCUUGUCCUCUCCCCCCCUUCUCUCCCCCCUUUCUCUCCCCCCCUUCUCUCCCCCCCUUCUCUCCCCCCCUUCUCUCCCCACCUUCUCUCCCCCCCUUCUCCCCCCCCCUUCUCUCCCCCCCUUCUCUCCCCCCCUUCUCUCCCCCCCUCCACAAUCUCCCAAGGCAGGAAUCUUACCCAUCUUGCCCUCUCUACCCUCCCUUCCCAUCCUCUUCCUUACCCUUCCUGCCCUCCCCUCCCUACCCGUCCUCCUGCCUGACCCCCCUGCCCUCCCUCCGCCCUCCCCUGCCUGCCCUCUCUCUCCUCCCUACCCUCCUUCACCUCCCUACUCCCCCUCCCUUUCCUGCGCCCUCCUCUCUGCAGCGACAUAUCCAACAACAGCUUCACGGGGCCCUUCCCCUCCGCCAUGCUAUCUGCACCACGCUAGAGCCUCCUGUGCACACACACGCAUGCCUGCCUCUGCUGCAUGCUCUCUCACUUCUAAGAGCUCUCCUGCGCGCUCAUCGCAACCUCGCAUCCUUGCACGUGCUCAUCGCAGGCUCAGUGACAUCUCUCACAAUCAGUUCACUGGAGUUGUGUCUCCUGCCGUCUUCACCCUGCCUUCGCUAA